UUUAUUUAUUAAGAUAAUAAAAAUGGCAUCAGGCGACGAAACCGAAAGUACAAAUGAUUCUCACAAUAGAUCCUUUUUACUUCUAAAUUAUUUGGAUAGUAUUGAAGAUAGUGUAGAAAAUGUAUACAGAAAAGCGCAAGAUCUUUCACAAGAAAGGGAUACCCUCAUAACAUUACUUUCUGAGCUGGAAGCUGAAUCAAACGAUAUUGCAAUAGUAACCUCAAAAAAGUUAAAACAUAAAAAUAUUGAAAAUGAUCAUGAUCAUCAUCAUGAUGACAAAAGGUUUGACAAAAGAAAUGAUUAUGAUACAGAUGAUCAUCACAGCCGUCUGAAUCUGGGUCUUGAUGUUCACGUUCAUGAUCAUGAAGUCAAUUAUCAGGAAAGUGAAAGCAGUAAGAACGGACUGAAUGGUCACUGCCAAGAAAUUCAAAGCAGUAUAGAGAGAUUAAAACAAAGAUUACUAAACAUUGAAAUAAAAGUUCAUACAGUGCGCACAGAUGAACAGCAACAUUCUUACUUUAAAGUGAACUCUUUGAUAAAAAGAUUAGAACAUGUGUGCCUCGAUGGAGAUCCUGAUGAUGAUUCUUUCAGAAAGCAAGCUAAAGGUUAUCUCAAUGCUUGUCUUUCAGAUAUGCAGUCAGGUGGUCCAGUGGACUAUAGGUUUCAGGGAAUGAUUCUAGACUGUAAGUUGGAAGAUCAGAAACAAGUUAGGCAACGACUGGAGUGUUUAGUUCAAGGAAGGAUUCAUGAGAAGUUCAUUGAAAAUGUGCUAAGGGACAAGGCGAUAGAGAUAGAAGAUGCUGGUAAUACAGAGGCUAGAGAUGUGGAGAUGUGAUGUAUCACAGCAUUCAACUCCUCUAUCCAAAACCUAGAACAGUCCUUGCAGUAAUAUCAGAAUCUUAAAUUUACUUGUGCUGCAUUAUCUUAAAAUUUAUUUUUUAAUUGCUAUUCAUUUUGUAAUAUCUUAUUUUAAUUUGACUAAAUAAUAUUAAUUAGUAUGCAUGAAGAUCCCAAAAAUUGAAUCUUGUUAGCUGAAAGUAACUACUGUCAGUGUUUUAGACUAACUUUCUGAGAACAUUAGACCUUCUAUUUAUAUGAAUUUAAUUAACACUUUAUCGUUUAAUAUGCUACUGUCCCCACCGAAGAAUUGGCUGCUACACAUGACAAUGCUAAUUAUCUGGAAGAUUAUAGUAAGAGCAAUAUAGUUUGCAUUGUUCUAGGUAAACAAAAUGUAAACAAUUAUUUUUAUAUGGAUGGGUUGCAUCUAUGCAUCUGUACUUGUAAUUUAUUACACACAAAAAAAGUGUCCAGUAUCUGCUUCAUAUUGGAAGUGCACUUAACAUUCUUUGACUGCAAAAUGUGUGUUCAUGUAAAUAUGAGGGAAAAAAGACCUUAACUCUUUCUCUCCGUAAUUAUUUACCACAUUCUGGUGGAAUCAACGUUGGUAUCAUCUGUUAGGAGAGAAAGAGUUAAAGAAUACUAUCAACUCAAAUGUUGUGAAUAUAAUGUGCAAUUCUUAUUUACAGUAAAUUAUUUCACAGUGUUGCUCAAGGGUUUCCAUGCUCUUAAUUAAUAUCCAAUUAAGCCAUAGCGGUGUAUAUUUGUUUUCUUUUUUUUGUUUGAAAAAUGUUGAUAUGUUGUUUUUUUUAACACAUAAUUAAUUUCGUUUCUUGCCUUUAUUAUAUUUUAACCUUUAUAAGGAAAAAGAUUUAUCUGCCCCGGUAUUAACCAAACCAAGGAGAAGGAGGUUUGAUUACACAUUUAUUUUUAAUGAACACUUAAUUGAAACAUUAAAGACACAUGCAAUUUGCUAGCAAGCAGGGUAUAUGUUCAGAGUUGUUCAUCAAGGAUGAAAAUUAAGACAAUGAGCUCCCAGAUCUAAUUAUUGCACAUCCAUUUAUAGCCUGAGUAAUUAUAUAUUUAUAAGAAAAUGUACCAAAACUUGUAAUCACAACAAAUUUCCGUAAGGAUCAAAAAAGCAGUCUUAGUCUUAGUCUUAAAAGGCGGAGGUUAUACAAUGUUCAAUUAAGAAGAUUUAUUGACUAAUUUCACUUUCCAUAUUCCUUUUAUACUGUAAAGAAAUAAAAGAAGUAAUUCAGAUGAAGUUAAAAAAAA